CUUCCUCUGUAAAUCGAACAAUUACAGCGUUCGAAUGGAAAGAAAAGUUUGACAAGUCCUCAGCCCUAGACGUGGGAGCCUCGCGAUCCGGGGCUCCCUGUAUCGGUUCAGGGCAACCAAUGGUCCCUUUUACGACACCAGAGCCGCCCCUGGCCGCGCACGCUUGCCUAGUAGCUCUCAUGCGAACGAUCGCCAGUGUGGUAUCGCCAUCCGGGCGAUACGGAGCGGACUCGUCUUUUCCAAUGACGACGACUAAGUGACGACUCUCCAACCACCGUAUCCUCGUCCAACGACACAUGUGGAAGACUAAUCGGAGAAUGAUACAGCCAUGAUUCGAUCGGGAAGCGAUCCAGAUAGAAGGCCGUCGGCUCAGGUGACCCGUACAUACGGUACAAAACGGUGACAGAGCUGUAAAUCGCAGCUAUGGACACGCAGAAGAAGUAUCUGUGCCCCCGCUUGGUGGAUUAUCUCGCCAUUGUGGGGGCCAGAUUGCCUGCAGUCUCUCGGCAGCCUGUGCAGGUUCCAGAGUUGUUGCGGAGAUAUCCAGUGGAGGAUCACAAAGAUUUUCCACUGCCUCUGGACAUGGUUUACUUCUGCCAACCGGAGGGUUGCACCAGCGUGGGCCCUAAACGCACAGCCUUGCGAGAGGCCACCUCCUUCACCUUCACUCUCACGGACAAGGACUCUGGGAAGACUCGCUACGGGAUCUGCGUGAACUUCUAUCGGCCAAUAGAGAGGGUAGGAGCCGCGGUCGGGGGUGGAGUGAACGUCAGAAGAGACAAAUACAAUACAACGUUCAGGAGGGAGAGCUGGAGGAAGAGCAUGGAAAAGAGCACGGACUCUGCCUUUUCUAGCGACUAUAGGAGCAGUGCAGUAGGCCCUAGUGACUCUGAGAAAGAAUGUCCAAGCAGCAGAAGGGACUCGGACACUCCACACAUACCAACUGCGCCGAGACUAGGUAUCACUGCACCUAGUGGAGAUAGCGAGAGUGGUGGCAGCCAUUCUCCAUCUCCCCGUGCUUCGCGGAGACGGCAGAGGACGCGAAAUCACUCCUUGACGUCGUUAUGCAUCAUCUCCCAUCACCCGUUCUUUUCGAUGUUCCGUGAAUGCCUUUUCGUUUUGAAGAAGAUCAUCGACGCGUGCAACGAAAGUUCCUCGCCGCAGAAAGUGGGGGCUUCCAGGCAGACCAACAGAGACACGGUGUGGAGUGUUCUGACAGGCCAAGUAUUCGAGGGAACGCCGUCGAUAGUGGUCCACGACGUGAGGGAAAUCGAGACGUGGAUAUUGCGUUUGCUGAGCAGUCCUGUCCCGGUUCCCACAAAGACACGCGUAGAGGUCGAAAUCGUGUCACAAAGUAUGCAGCCACCACUCUGUUUUGCACUCCCAGAUCACACUAGAUUUUCUCUCGUUGAUUUCCCUCUGCAUCUACCCCUGGAACUUCUUGGCGUUGACAUAUGUUUGAAGGUCCUCACGUUGAUUCUCUUGGAGCACAAGGUAAGGCAAACAUACUUCUACAUAUAUGUACACGCUUACAGAUACAUAUUGAUUAGUAGACAUUACGUAUUUGUGGCGACAGUGAAAAGAAACCAAAACCUACUAGUAAUUGCCAGAGCCGUAGCUAAAGCAAACUGUGGUGUUGUGAAGCUUAAGCCAUCAGGAUUUUACAAAGCUCAGAUAGUUUUCAAGAAUAAGGAGGAUGCCAAUAUAUUUGUGUUGAAUAAUAAGUCCAACAAGGACUCUAGCAUAGAGACUUAUGUACCCAAAUAUAAAGUGGAAAGAAAAGGUAUAGUAAGGGAUUUUUGCGCUGAGUACGAUGUCAGCGAUAUCGUACAAUAUGUCAAAGCCCCUUGCAAAAUAUUAUUCGCAAAGCGGCUAAAUAAAAAAGUGUUCGAGUCAAGCACCCAAACGUACGUUUGGAUGCCAAGUGACUCAGUUGUUGUCACAUUUGAAGGGGACAUGAUCCCAGAAUUCAUCCAAGCGUAUGGCCUUUAUAAUCUAAAAGUGAAACCGUUCAUUGAACCAGUAAGAACAUGUAACAACUGCUGUUAUUACGGACACUCCAAAGGUAGGUCCAAUAAGACACCCAGAUGUAACAAGUGUGGAGAAAAAGAGCAUUCAGCGGACAAUGAAUGCAAAAUGGUAGAACACCUGGUAUGCCUCCACUGUAAAGGGAAUCACAAGACGUUUGACUAUAACUGCAAUGAAUACAAAUUUAACAAGGAAUUACAAAAUUAUGUAGCUUACAAUAAUGUAAGUAUGUUUGAAGCUCGUCAAGUGAUAGGAGAGCAAUUUAAAAAGGGACCAGAACCUAUCCGAGUAACGAAAGAACAAUUCCCUCCUCUGAGGGAGAUUUGCGCAGAAGAUUCUCUGAAGUUAAGAAGGGUAGGAGGAAUAACUAAACCAGAAAAUAAAGAAAAUAAAGUCUGGAAUAGAACCUCGGUCAAAACGUAUGGUAGGCCAGCCAUGAUUAAAAGAAAUGACACAAAUCAAGAUAAAAUUGAAAAUAAGAGUAGUAAAGAACAAAGUAAAAAACUUGAAGUAGUAAAAGAGAGAAACAAUGAAUGGAUAAUUCAUAACGGAGAAUACGAAAUUAAAAAAGAACGCUUCGGUAUGGUAUUGAAGAACAGUAAUUUAUCAAUGCCAUCCUGUAGCCUAGAGUCAGAUAAGGGUUCAGCACCUGUAACCGAAAUGGGCAAACAAGGGAUCACAAAUAACCCAAUAGAGAAAGAGAAACAAUUGGAUCAGGUAAUAAGCACUGUAAGCAACAGAGAGGAAAUAACAAGUAAAAAGGAUACAAACACACCAGUCAAUAACUUUAAACGAGAAAAUAGAAUACGUAUACCAGAAGAAACCGCUUCAACAUCAACUGGCCAGCCUUCAGGCUUAAGUAUCAGAGGUAGGAUAUAUGAGUUAGAAAGAUACGCAGGUAAUUGGGAUAUCAUGCUUCUAACGGAAAUAUGGUUAAAACCAGACCAAACAGCAUUCCAUGUAAAGGGAUUUCAGACCACUAGGUUUGACAGAACCAAUGGUAAGGAGGGUGCUAUAGCCUUCCUGGUUAAAAAUAAUAGUAAUUAUAAAGUAGUUAAUUUAGGCCUUAGACUUAAUUCAUUGGAGAUUGGAUCCAUUUCGGUCUCAUCAUCCAAAGGAGACCUUCUGAUUACAGCAUGCUACAGAUCCCCAAAUAGGGGGAAUAACUUAACAGCUAGCGAAUGGACAAUAUUUUUGGAUGGAAUUAUAAGCAAGAGCAAAGGCUACAACUGUUCGCAAGUGGCGCAGCCCCAGCAGAUGUCCCUGUCAGUGGACCCCAAGAACGUCUACAAUCCUCCAAGCACAUUGCAGUAUCCUGGAGUGGAGGAGGAGUCAACCGUGAGGCCUGAGAGUCCACCCAGCACCUCUUCCAGUCACAGCGACCUGAGCAGUCCCAGCUUCAACAGGGACUCGGAGUUCGAACUGAACCCUAAGGCUCAAGAAGGCUCCCAAUCGACCAACGAUAAAGAGGAAGGUGGUAGCUUUGAGUCAGACUCUGCAUCAACAAUAACACCACGCACAAUCCUGAGCGCACAAAGUUCGGUAGGACAGUUCGGAGUAGGCAUGGGAUCUCUAGCCACUCCGACGGUCAGCGACAGUGAACGUCCUGCCACCUCCCACAGGACCUCACGUGUCAGUAGAUUUGUCGUUCCUAUUCAGCCCAGUGCAGCUGCUCUCCAACGUCACCCCAGCGUGGGUAACGUUCUGGCGAGAGCAUCCAGCUUUGGAACUGGAACUGGACCGCUUUUGCCACGGCAAAUGAGCAGCAGCAGCAACGAUAACUCGGAGUCGUCCACGGUUUCUCGACAGCUGUCGUUGGGCGCCACCACCCCCAAGCAGCCUGGAGAGGGUGGCCAGAGGCAGAGCGUUCCAAACGCCACUGGAAACGGUGUCCUUCGCCAGGGGUCUCAAGGAUCGCUGUUCGAGCAGAUCGCCACUCAGGCGAAGGACCUGGUUCGCGAAACCACCAGACAGAGCAGUCAGGAUGGGAUACUUGCUCAGAUGGAUAAGUUGAAACACCAGGCGAAGGAGAAGAUCACAGAGGCAGGCGAGGAGAGUCUGUUUGCUCCUCUAGAGCAGCUGACGCAGCAGACGAAAAAAGCCAUGGGCGAGGCGACAAAGUCCGUGCAGGAGGCUUCGAAAACCGCUUUGGAGGCCAGUAAGACCGCUGCAGGGGUGAGCAAGAACACAUUCGACGACCUAACGUACGUGGGCAAGAGCACUUUCGGAGACUUUACCAAAAGUGCCAAGGAAGCUGCUGCGAAGAAGGGCUUGAUCAAGGGUUCCAGUGAUUCGCAGCAAUCGCCCCCGCAGUCUCCAGUAAUGAUGCAGCGAAGGGAUUCGAGCAGUACACAAUUGGUAGCUUCGGAUAAUCGAGGAGGGCGCAGGGAAAUCGGACGUGAUUUUUUCAGCAAUAUUAGUAGCGAUUUAAAUGGCAUCGCUGCGCAAACGAGCAGCAUGUUUAGUGAUUUAUUCGGGAGUAAAAAUAGUUCUAAUCGAAAUACCGGUCUCCAUCCUCAGUCGCAGAAAUCGGAGAAGAACAAACCAAUGCUCGGACCUUUCCCUAAAACUGGCAAAACUGGAUUAGUCGAGCGCUCGUCGUUGAUAAAGCACUCGAACAAGAGCAGCCAGGAGGAUAUUCAGAGGAUGCAGAACGCUGAACGGUCUAGCACCAACAGCGACAACCAAGCCUUCCUAACAGACGUGGUGAACCAAGUCCUGACUGGGGAAGGCGUUGGUUGGCUCAAGUUGAACAGACUGAAGAAGCUGAUGGAAGAUGAGAGCUAUCGAGACCUGGUGGUCACGAAGCUGAACAAAAGUCUCAAUAAGAAGAUCAGCCCUGAUGAUCAUAUCGACGAUGUGUGCAUUUCGAAACCAGUUUACAAGGGAAUGCUAAAGUGCCUUCAAGCAGUGGCUCACGGUCUUGGACACACUUACAAUAAUUUUGGCUUGGGUGGAAUGGCCUCGGUUUUUCAGCUAAUGGAGAUCGCGCACACCCACUACUGGAGCAAGGACCUGUCCGAGGGUGGCUUCGAUAGCUCCAUAAUGUCCCAAGCGUCCAGUCCUUUUGGGAGCAGGGAGAACUUGAAGUCGCCUCAAUCCCCCUCACAGCCAGAGUUAGCGGACGAGAGGCAAAAAUUAGAUCCACCUCAGGUUCACCUGGAGAUGCCGCACGGCCACACGUCGCCAGCGGCUGAGAAUCAAUCGACGACGGACAUGUUCCUGGAUAUGUUCACUAAAAAAGGAAAGUUUCUCAGCAAACUAACAUCGUUCGACUCUGAGAGUGGGCGGGGAGGUGGAACAGGAAGCAGCGAAGCUUUGUCCACAGACGGAGGUAGCAUUAUCACUAAUCCUGCUUUUCGGCAAGCGCACCAAGCUUCUUUCCGAAGCACUGUCUCUGAUAGCGAGGUCGAGCAAGGCAAUUUCCCGCGGCAGCCGAAGCAACGCACCGGCAGCGUCUGGUCCAGCAAAUCGUCGUUGAGCACUGGCUUCCGGUACCACGCUGGAAGCCUGGUGCCGACCACGGCUGCACCCAGUCCGGAAGCUGCUAGAACGUACUUGUUCGAAGGGUUGCUUGGAAAGGAGAGAUCGUCACUUUGGGACCAGAUGCAGUUUUGGGAGGACGCAUUCCUGGACGCCGUGUCCCAAGAACGAGACAUGAUAGGCAUGGACCAAGGCCCUGGGGAGAUGAUGGAAAGGUACAGGAGUUUGAGCGAAAGCGAGAAGAAAAGGCUCGAGCACGACGAAGACAGACUGCUAUGCACCCUGCUGCACAAUCUGACGGCGAUUCUAGUCAUGCUGAACGUGGAGAAGAACGAGAUGAAGCGCAAGGUGAGAAGACUACUCGGGAAGAGUCACAUAGGCCUGAUCUACAGCCAGGAGCUCAAUCAACUUCUCGACCAAGUACACAAUCUUUAUGGGAACGACAUAGACUUGAAGCCUCUCACGUCGCGACAAAUGCAUCGACAGUCGUUCACUGUUCACGCUGGCAUCGACGCCGAGGGCGACCUGCGUUUCCUGGAGGUCCGUCACGACGGUUUGGUGCUGAGGUCCGUCAACGGCGUUAUCGUCGAGCGAUGGUGGUACGAACGGCUGGUCAAUAUGACCUACAGUCCCAAGAACAAAGUCUUGUGCCUUUGGCGCCGGAACGGCGGGCAAACGCAGCUGCAUAAGUAUUACACUAAGAAGUGUAAGGAGCUGUAUUAUUGCAUAAAGGACGCAAUGGAGAAGGCUGCAGCUCGCGGUCGCGGCGCGAACAUGGGAGUCGAGCUCGGCGGUGAAUUCCCGGUUCAGGACAUGCGUACUGGCGAGGGCGGGCUUCUUCAGGUUUGCAUGGAGGGCGUGGGUCUCCUCUUCGCGAAUAGCAAGGAUUUCGAGUUUUUUGUAAGACUCGAUCAUAUCCGCAAGUGCUUUACUCAGAAGGAUGGGAUCUUUGUAUUGGAAGAAUUCAAUCCUAAAACUAGACAAGUAAUUCAACGUAAAUAUAAGUCUCAAAUGGCAGAUCAAAUCUGCUACUCGGUACUCUGUGUGUUCUCCUACUUGGCCGCUGGGUUGGAGCAACGGAAACAAAUUCCGAACCAGCAAUCGCAACACCAGCAACAAACCCAGCAGCAAUCGCAACAACAACAGCAACAGCAACAACAGCAGCAACAUCAUCAACCGCAACAGCAACAACGUCAACAACCGCAACAGAAACAGUUCCAGCAACACCAGCAACCACAACAACACCAACAGUACCAGCAACGCCAGCAACACCAACAACCACAGCAACGUUCUCAAUACCCGACGCAGCCACCGCGUCAGCCGCACCAGCAACCGCAGCAACAUCAACACCAACAUCAGCAACCGCAAGCUCAGCAACAUCAACACCAACAUCAGCAACCGCAAGCUCAGCAACAUCAACACCAACAUCAGCAACCGCAAGCUCAGCAACAAUUUCAACAGCAUUCAGGCUUUGUAUACCGUGCACUUGCAGUUCUGCGAAGAAGUGGAUCGAGUGUACUUCGAAACGACUCUUGGUCCACCUCGCCAAGUAUUUUCAGAAUAAAACGUAUAAAUCGAAUCUUUCGAGAAGCUCGAAGCAAUUCAAAUAAUUUUUUGUUUUUUAUUCAAUUAAAUAAGACGAGGAAUCUAACAUAG